AUGCCGUCUCCCUAUAGAACCUUCUUUACGACUAAUGUUGUCAUUCCUCUAAACGAUUCAGAAAAUGACGCUAACGAUGAUUAUGAGAAUAUCCCUAACAUAACCGUGGACGAAACUGAAGACAAAGAGAACACUUUACUUAGAGAUCUUGAGGAACUAUUCGAUGAAUACGCAAACAAUGAGCUUGUCCGCGAGACAUACUUAUCACUAAAAUCGUUCUUUACAACUUCAAAAUGUCAUUGUCGGGACAAAAAGAAGAAGUGUUUUGAUAUAGUAGGAUUUCGUAGAUUCUUCGAACGCCAUUUGCAGUUUCGGGAACUGAGUCGUGAGCAGUUGGAUAACGUUUUAAUGGGUCAGCUGAUGGCCUUUGACGAAAUGGAAGCAAAUAGUAAACAAAAACGUCCUGCUCUGCGUUACCGCUUUAAUGGUCAUAUCACCUUGUGCAAGGAUACUUAUCUAAAGCUCGUUGGAGUGGGUGAAGCAAAGUUGUUAGCAAUCCUAUCACAUCUUAGAAAGACAGGCGUUACCUCGAGAGUUCAUGGAAACACAAAACGCAUUCCACUAAUGUUACAAUUAACUAUGAACUUGCGGAGGAAUACAUCGGCACUUGUUUACCUGCCUACCAGCGAGAAUUAUACGACAAUUUUUGAGCACUUUCAGCAAUCAAAGAAACUUACAUUUGACAAUGAACAAAAAACAAUGUCUCGAAAGUCCUUUGUACGCUUAUGGAAAGCAUUAACUCCUCAUAUAACAUUCUUAAAACCUCAGUCUGAUUUGUGUGCCGUCUGUGAAGCACUUCGUUAUAAGAUCGCGCACAUUAAUGAUCCCCAAAGAAAAGAAGAUGUUAUUGCGGAGUAUAAUGAUCAUCUGCAAGUCGCCAGGCUAGAACGAGAGUACUAUCAAGAAAAUAUCACACAAGCUCAACAAGAAUUCUCUAAUAUUCAGGAAGCUAGUCUAUCGUUGAAGUCUGUUGAUG